AUGGAGGCAGUGGAGAAUGAAGCUCACGGGGGCCAGAAAGGAGUGGGCCCUGACAGAGUGCUGAGCAGGGCUAGGCUAAGGCGGGAAUUGUGGAUUCUAGUGAAUGAAUAUUUGGUAGGAGGCUACUUAAGUCACCUUAUCAACGCUCCGAUGUACUUCUUCCUCAGCCACCUGUCUUUCAGUGACAUCCUUCUCACCACGACCAUUGGACCUGAAAUGCUCCACUUUAUACUCAGAGAAGGGAGCGCUAUUUCUCUGUCUGGAUGCUUUCUUCAGUUUUAUGUGUUUUCUGUAUCUGGUAUUAAUGAGUGUUUCCUCCUCACCGUGAUGUCCUACGAUCGAUAUUUGGCCAUCUGUAACCCAUUGCGUUAUUCCUCCAUCAUGGACUUUAAACUUCGUAUUCUUCUUACAUCUUCAUGUUGGGCUUGUGCAAUAAUUAUUUCCUUACCACAUCUAGUUCUUUUGCACAAGAUGACAUUUUGUGGGUCAAAUAGAAUUAACCAUUUUUAUUGUGACUUUCCUCCACUUCUGAGACUUUCUUGCUCAGAAACAUCAACUAUUGAAACUGUAACUACGAUCAACUCUCUGCCAAUAUUUUUUCUACCAUUAACUGUUAUCUCUGUGACGUAUGCGAAAAUCAUUCUCGCCAUCCUCCGGAUCUCUGCCUCGGCUGGUAGACAAAAGGCCUUCUCCACCUGCAGCUCCCACCUGACCGUGGUCUGUAUGUAUUAUGGGACGUUGGUGUUUAAUUAUCUGGUUCCAUCUGAAGGACAAUACUUAGGGUUACAAAAAAUGGUUUCUGUGUGUUACACUAUUGUGACCCCUCUAUUGAACCCUCUUAUAUACAGUCUAAGGAAUGAAGAGAUAAAAAGGACAAUAACAAAGCUUAUCUUUAAAAACAAAUUAUACAAAUAA